UUUUCUCUUUCCCUGGUAGGGCCUGGCCCACACUUCACUCUUUCAGUACAGGCUAUAUUGUGUUUUCCUGUAAUGUUAGUUCUCUGCCUUUGCCUAGCAGAUAGUGAGCUCAAGAACAUUGGCUGAGUGCAUGAGUAACUGCAUGAAUAUGCAUUCCUGGGAGGAACUUGGGAAAGGGAUGAUUACCCAACCUUACAGAAAGAGAAACUGAGGUUCAGGAAGCCAAUGUCAUUGGCUCCCUAAGUCAUGAGUGUGCCCUGGGGCUGGAGAUCUGAGUCUCUGGCAGGUGCUCUAUCUGCUGGCCCAUUCGGCCCCAGGCAAAACUAGUGAGUGGACAGUGACAAGCAUGGGGAACAUUGCUGAGGCAGCUGAGGCAGGUGGUCGGGAGAACCCCUGAUUCUAAUCCCAGCUGGCACUCUCAAUGGCAGUUCUCCUGUGGCCACAUCACACAAGCUCCCUGUAAGACUUUUGCUUUCUGAAAAGGGAUAAUAUUCCCAGCAAGCACAUGUUCUCAACUUUAUAACUCAACGGUGGUCUUCUGUCAGUUUGUUUGCAGGGCUCUUGUCUGUUUGCAGCCAGCCAUGUUGUGGCACUAAGUACAGCUGGCACUUAGCAGGUGCUCCUGAAAUAUUGAAUGAAUAAUAGGGAGAAGGCCAAGUGGGAGUUUGCUGACUGCUGUCUGCAGAGAAAGCUUUCCUGCCACUGGUUCCCAAGGGGGAUCCUCUCAGUUAAUGAUCUCUGGAGGCCCAGUCUAACCUCUGUCCCCUCCAUUUACCCUCCCUCCAGGUGGGCAGGGCAAUCCUACCUGGACUGACAAGGCUGGGGUGCUCAGGGGAGGUCAGCCACAGUCAGGGACAGUCAGAGGAUUCAGCUGUCCCUGCACCAUGAGUGUCUCUCUACUGAGCCUCACCAGACCCUUGGGCAGUGUCUCCGGACUCCUGCAAGUGGCCUCUCUGCUAGGCCUGGCUCUGCUGUUGCUCAAGGCAGCACAGCUCUACCUGCACAGGCAGUGGCUGCUCAAAGCAGUCCAGCACUUCCCGUCCCCUCCUUCCCACUGGCUCUUCGGGGACAUCCAGGAGUUCCAAGAUGGCCAAGAGCUACAAGGGCUUCAGAAAAGGGCAGAGAAAUACCCGUGCGCCAGUCCUCGCUGGCUGUGGGGGAGCAAAGUUACCCUCAUAGUCUAUGACCCGGACUACAUGAAGGUGAUCCUGGGGCGAUCAGACCCAAAGUCUCAUGGCUUCUACAGAUUCCUGGCUCCCUGGAUAGGGUAUGGUUUGCUCCUGUUGAAUGGUCAGAUGUGGUUCCAACACCGGCGGAUGCUGACCCCAGCCUUCCACUAUGGCAUCCUGAAGCCCUACGUGGAGCUCAUGGAUGACUCUGUCCGUGUGAUGCUGGACAAAUGGGAGGACCUCAUCAAACAGAACUCAUAUGUGGAGAUCUUUGAGCAUGUCUCCUUGAUGACCUUGGACACCAUUAUGAAGUGCGCCUUCAACUACCAGGGCAGCCACCAAGCAGACAGGAUCUCCCAGUCCUACAUCCAGGCCAUUCAAGACCUGAGCAACCUGAUCUUUUCCCGAGUGAAGAAUGUUUUCCACCAGGAUGACAUCAUUUAUAGGCUGACCCCUGAAGGCCGCUGGAACCACCGGGCCUGCCAGAUUGCCCAUCAACAUACAGACCGAGUGAUCAAGCUGAGGAAGGCUCAGCUGCAGGAGGAGGGAGAGCUGGAGAAGGUCAGGAGCAAGAGGCACUUGGACUUCCUGGACAUCCUCCUCUUUGCCAGAAUGGAGGACGGCAGCAGCUUGUCUGACAAGGACCUCCGUGCCGAAGUGGACACGUUCAUGUUUGAGGGCCAUGACACCACAGCCAGUGGCAUCUCCUGGAUCCUCUAUGCCCUGGCCACACACCCUGAGCAUCAGCAGAGGUGCCGGGAGGAGGUCCAGAGUCUCCUGGGGGAUGGUACCUCUAUCACCUGGGACCACCUAGACCAGAUGCCUUACACCACCAUGUGCAUUAAAGAGGCACUGCGACUCUAUCCACCAAUUCCAGGCAUUGGCAGAGAGCUCAACAAGCCCAUCACUUUCCCUGAUGGACGUUCCUUACCCAAAGGAUUCCAGGUGUCCCUCUCCAUUUAUGCCCUUCACCACAACCCGAAUGUGUGGCCAAACCCAGAGGAGUUUGACCCUUCACGGUUUGCACCGGGUUCUGCCCGACACAGCCAUGCUUUCUUGCCCUUCUCAGGAGGAUCAAGGAACUGCAUCGGGAAGCAGUUUGCCAUGAAUGAGAUGAAGGUGGCGGUGGCCCUGACCCUGCUCCGCUUUGAGCUGGCGCCAGAUCCUUCCAGGGUCCCUGUUCCCGAGCCAAGAAUUGUGUUGAGGUCCAAGAAUGGGAUCCACCUGCAUCUCAGGAAGCUCCUCUAAAAUCUGUGCAGACAAGGAGGAGCCCGAGAACCUCCUGCCUGCCAUCCUGUCUUCCUGUGUCUCCUGUCCCCUGUCUUCUGCCUCCCUCACAACCUCCAUGAUCUCCCCCUCUUUCCCAUCAGACUGUCUGCCCUUCUCUGUCUCACCCUUUUGCAAGACUCCUACUAGUUUUCUGUUACCCUACUCCUACUUGGCUGUAGCCCUGACUGUGCGUGUAACUCUCAAUUACGCACCUGUCCUCUAGUCUGUCUGGCCUCUCCUGUCAUUAUUCUUCCUGUGCGCUGGUCUGUCCUGUACUGUUUUGUCUAGCUGGUUUCCCAAAUGACACAAACUUAGUCCCUUAAGGGACUGGGGCCAGACUGCCUGGCUUUGAACACUGGCUCUCCCUCUUACCAGUAUAUUGACCCUGGAAAGGCAACUAAGCUCUGGGUGCCUUGGUUUUCUCGUUCAGAUUUUGAGAUUUAUUUGAAAAAAUCUGUUGCGGGUUGGGGCACCUGGGUUGCUCAGCUGGUUAAGCAUCCAACUUUGGCUCAGGUCAUGAUCUCAUGUUUCGUGAAUUUGAAGCCCACAUCGGGCUCUCUACUUUCAGAGCGGAUCACACUUCCAAUCCUGUCUCCCACUCUCUCUGCCUUUCUCCCACUUGGCUUUCUCUCUCUCUCUCUCUCUGUCUCUGUCUCUCUCUGUCUC